AUGGAGAUAGUCUAUGUGUAUUUGAAGAAACGAAGUGAGUUUGGGAAGCAAUGCAACUUCAGCGACCGCCAGGCGGAGUUGAGCAUCGACAUCCCGCCCAAUCCAGAACUCAUGGAGCACUUUGUUAUACGGGAUCCUGUGGACAGAGGAAUCCAGUGUUCCCAUGAAAUGUCAGAGCAUGAGGUCAAUACAGAGAGAUUUGAGAUGGAGACCCGAGGAAUUAAUCAUCUAGAAGGGGGCUGGCCCAAAGAUGUGAACCCACUAGAGCUGGAACAGACAAUUCGAUUCCGGAAGAAAGUGGAAAAGGAUGAAAAUUAUAUUAAUGCCAUCAUGCAGCUUGCCUGCUGGGAUACCAGGAAGAGCACCCUGGUAGCAGACCUGUCCACCAUCGAGUUCAGUCACCGGGAUCCUGUGUUUGGUGCCCUCUGGCUGCAGUCGAAGACUGGCACAGAAUGUUUCUCAGCCUCCACUGAUGGACAGGUCAUGUGGUGGGAUAUACGUAAGAUUAACGAGCCCACAGAGGUCCUGGUCCUGGAUAUCAGCAGAAAGGGGAUAUUAGAAAGUGCCCUGGGAGCUAUUGCCCUUGAGUUUGAACCAACCAUGCCAACCAAGUUCAUGGUGGGAACAGAGCAAGGAAUAGUGAUCUCCUGCAACCGGAAAGCCAAGACUGCUGCUGAGAAGAUUGUAUGCACCUUCUCUGGGCACCACGGCCCCAUCUAUGCCUUGCAGAGAAAUCCUUUUUACCCCAAGAAUUUCCUGACUGUUGGUGACUGGACAGCCCGUAUCUGGUCCGAUGAUAGCAGAGAGUCAUGUAUUAUGUGGACCAAAUAUCACAUGGCUUAUAUAACUGAUGGAGCCUGGAGUCCACAGAGACCAGCAGUUUUCUUCACAACUAAAAUGGAUGGAGCUGUGGAUAUCUGGGACUUUUCAUUCAAACAAUGUGACCCUGCCCUCAGCCUGAAGGUGGCACUCCGGGUCCGCCCCAUCAGCGUUGCGGAGCUGGAAGAAGGAGCCACACUCAUUGCCCAUAAAGUGGAUGAACAGAUGGUGGUUCUGAUGGACCCAAUGGAGGAUCCAGAUGACAUUCUCCGAGCCCACCGAUCCCGGGAGAAGUCCUACCUAUUUGAUGUGGCCUUUGACUUCACUGCCACUCAGGAGAUGGUUUACCAAGCCACCACGAAGAGCCUCAUUGAAGGGGUCAUCUCUGGCUACAACGCCACCGUCUUUGCCUAUGGCCCCACUGGCUGUGGAAAAACCUAUACUAUGCUGGGCACUGACAGAGAGCCUGGCAUCUAUGUUCGGACCCUCAACGACCUGUUCUGUGCCAUUGAGGAGACCAGUAAUGACAUGGAAUAUGAAGUAUCCAUGUCCUACCUAGAGAUCUACAAUGAAAUGAUAAGGGAUCUGCUGAACCCCUCCCUGGGGUAUCUAGAGUUGAGAGAGGACUCCAAGGGGGUGAUCCAGGUGGCUGGGAUCACUGAGGUUUCUACUAUCAAUGCUAAAGAGAUCAUGCAGCUUCUGAUGAAAGGGAAUAAGCAGAGGACCCAAGAGCCCACAGCUGCCAACCAGACAUCUUCUCGGUCCCACGCUGUGCUCCAGGUGACCGUCCGACAAAAGAGCCGGGUCAAGAACGUCAUGCAGGAGGUGCGGCUGGGUCGCCUCUUCAUGAUAGAUCUGGCUGGGUCAGAGCGGGCAUCCCAGACGCAGAACCGAGGGCAGCGCAUGAAAGAAGGUGCCCACAUCAACCGGUCCCUGCUGGCCUUGGGCAACUGCAUCAAUGCUCUCAGCGACAAGGGGAAUAAUAAGUAUAUUAACUACAGAGACAGCAAACUCACCCGACUCCUCAAGGAUUCCCUUGGGGGCAACAGUAGGACAGUGAUGAUUGCCCACAUCAGCCCUGCAAGCAGUGCGUUUGAGGAGUCCCGAAACACCCUCACUUAUGCUGGCCGGGCCAAGAAUAUCAAGACCAGGGUGAAACAGAACCUGUUAAAUGUCUCAUACCACAUCGCUCAGUAUACCAGCAUCAUCUCUGACCUGCGCAGUGAGAUUCAACGCCUCAAGUGCAAGAUCGAAGGGCAGAGUGGGCACAGCCAGAGCCGAGGGCCCCUGGAGCAGGGAGACAUUCACCAGAUCCAAGCUGAGGUCCAGCUCCAUAGCUCCCAGUUUGAGCAGCUGGAGAUGGGGCAGCUGCGGGGGCAGCUCCUCAGUGCCUUUCAGGACCAGAUGGAUGUCCGAAGGCUCCUGCUGGCAUUGGAAAACCACUCCAUGGAGAUUCAAAUCGAUACUUCCCGACAUCUUCUCACUAUUGCUGACUGGGAGCAGGAGAAAUCUCGCCGCACUCUCAAGUGGCAGGAGGAACAACGGAAGGAAUCAUAUAGUAAGGAUGACAGUGAGAAGGAUUCAGACACGGGUGAUGACCAGCCAGACAUCCUGGAGCCUCCAGAGGUGACUUCUGCACGAGAAAGUAUUGCUACCCUGGUUGGAGAGCAGAAGAAACUCCGAAAGCAGAAGGUAGAACUGGAACAACGUUGUCGGGAUCUGAGAACCCAGGGUCGGAGACUAGAAGAGAUGCUACCACGGCACAUUGGUUCUCAGGAGCAGAGGGAAAUCCUGAGCUUACUGUGCCGAGUCCAUGAGCUAGAGAUGGAGAAUACUGAGAUGCAGUCCCAUGCUCUGCUCCGAGAUGGUGCACUCUACCACCGUCGGGAGGCCAUGCGUCGCCUGGAACAACACCGAAGCCUCUGUGAUGAGAUCAUCCAGGGCCAGCGGCAGAUUAUAGAUGAUUACCACCUGUCUGUCCCUCACCACCUGGAGCAGCUCUAUGGGCUCUACCAGCGGGAACUGGAAGAGGGAAAUUUGGAUCGAAUUACUAUUAUGGACCGGGCAGCCUCCAGGGCCCUGCAGGAGAGUUCAUUGCCCAGAAUUCCCCCAGGCCCUGGAGAGAACACCCUGGCCCUGGAUUCAGACCAGGAGAGUGUGAAGACUCUGGGCUCUGAACCCCAGCUGGUGCCUCAGAAGGAAUGGCGAAAGAACACACUCCCACCUCUCAGUGUGGGAGACCUGGAAAGUGAAGUUAACAAGGUGUUUAAGCCCAGUCCUCAUCCCCGAGCCUGGCAAAUGAAGAGCUCAGCUGUGUUAACACCACCACCCAUCCAGAUCAAUGGCAUGGUUACCCAGGAGGACCCACCCCAGGACAGCAGUCGCAUCAACUCCUCCCCAGACAGUAGUGAGAACAUCCCAGAGAUCCCUGUGUCUCACAAAGAAAGGAAGGAGAUCCUGUCCAGUACCAAGAACAUUGUUGUGAAAGCAGCCAGGCGGAGGUCACGGGCACUGGGCCCAGAAAGGCACCAACUGCUGGCGCCAAUGACUGAGCAGAGCAGUCUGUCCCUGCACUCCUUGAGUGAGGCAGAUGACGGUCCCCCGCCGCCACUACCUGCCUGCAAGCGCCCUCCAAGCCCCAUGCUACAGCACACUGUCAGUGAAGACAACCUGUCCAGCAGCACUGGGGAGACCCCAUCGCGGGUGGCCAGGCGCCAUGGAGAUACCCCAGGGCUCUGGCUCCGGGGCCAGAAGAAGAGCCUGGCUAAGAAACGAGAGGAUUCACUAGAGGUGAAGAAGAGGAAGAGAAGGUCCAGGUCCUUUGAGGUCACAGGACAGGGGCUACCCCGUCCUAAGAACCAUCCCCUGCGCCCCCGGCCCCUGGAGAGUACUUCAGACUACAGGAUACCCAUCCCUGGGAACCCAGUACCCAGCAUCAGGCACCUGAAUAAGGUUGCACUGCCCCUCGCCAAAGUCAGGCUUCCUCUAAGCCAGACCAUAGGUCCUGGGGACCCGUUGACCCUCACCACACCAGCUCCUUCCAAAAGAGCUACCUGUGGCCCACAUCAACUCCAGGGCAAGGAUGGACGUUUCCGACCUAACUGAAAACCUCUGAAGCUUGGAAUUAACCUGCCCCCAAGAAUUAAAGGGGAGAGAGAUGGGAAGACAGAAAGGAAGACCAGGGAUGGAGGGGAGUGCUGUGGGAGGUGAUCUGGGCAGGAGAGCAGGAGAUGUCCAGAUACCUGGCACCCCAUAAGCCCUGGUGGAGUUUGUGUCCUGGAGGUGCUGGAAUAAGGAAGGCAAUCACCUUCCACUCCAGUGACAUCAGUGCAGCCAGGGCUGGGGGGCAAGGGACUUACUGGGAAAAGACAAUCCCAAGACGGGACCCCCCAGAAUGGGCUGAGGGAAAUCUAACCCCAGCCAGGGCCAAGGCCAGGGCCCCUUGUGGCCUCUCUAUAUUACACUGCACAGUAAUGUGUUGCCAAAACUCUUUACCUACCCUUAGGCUUCAACGUAGACAGCAGGGUCUACUGGGCUGAGCCUCUGCAGCCAAGUGGUGGGAAGACCAUGGGGUCCUGGGGCCAAAUAUAGCACAGGGUUAUUGGAGCGAUCGGAUUUGGGGAAAGGAGAACCCAGGAGAAAGCCUGGAACUGAGUCCAGGCUGCAUAGUGGAGGUGGGGGUUGAGGGUGAUGGUUUCAUUUGAUCACAUCACAGUGGCAUUCCCCCCUCCUUUUUAACAAUAAAAAUCCUACUUGGAGUUGGAUGUUCAUGUUCAAGACUGGAAGUGUAGGAGCCAUUAUUGUGCCAGAUCCCAGAAGACAGCUCAAGGGCUGAUAAAACUAAUAAAGAUAAGUCUUGGGGCCCCAUACC